CCCUUCUCCAUCAUAAUUAUCAUACCCAUUCAUAAAUCAGGCACCGCACAACAGUAGAUUAGAUCGAUCAAUUAAAUCAUCACACGCCAUAAAAAAAAAUCCCCAAUUUCUCUCUCUUCUUAGAAACUUUCUCUACAACCCUAAAGAAAAUGGCAACAGGUGUUCUCCGACCUCACGAUUGUUUGCGUAACCCUAACCAAUCUUCUCGUUGUCGUCGCCGUAAAAGGAGUCCAUCCGACGGAAAUCGCCGAUCAAAUCGUGAUUCUCUCUCAACAUCGCAGCCAUCAAAGAAGCUUGAGAUGGGACAGGUGAAGAUCCUUAAAAGAGGCGAAGAAAUGAAGGCGAAAUUGUUAUUUGGAGGAGAAAACAACGAUUUAGGGUUAAAGUUGUGUUCUACGGAUCGUUUAGGUCCAGAUCCAGAUGUUGUGAAGAAAGAAAUUGAGGUGCCGGAUCUUUACGCUGGAUCGACGUCGAUGAUUUCGCCUCCUCCGAGUUCGCUACCUUUUCCGGCGUUUUUGGCUCGCAGAAGUUUGAUGGAGAGUAAUUUGAGGAAAUUGCUCGGAAUUUGAAUCUGAAUCUGACCUAAUUCGGUGGUUUCAGAAAGUUAUGGAGAAAAAUGAUGGAGAUCGAUCUGAGAAAGUUGUGAAUUGAAGAUUUGAUGCCGUUGAAAAAUUGAGAACGAUUUAAUUUGGUUUGAGAAAGUUACCGAUUAUUGAUCGCUGAAGAUGCUCAUGAUUUUCAUCUCUAUCCUCGUUACGAUAUCAUUAUGGUCUACUCUUUCCUUGAUAUUUUUUCCAGAAGGAAAGUUUAGAUUAGGUUAUUCGAUGUGUUCUGAAGUAUGUUUUAGCAGCGGUAGUAUAGUAGAUUGUUGUACCUAUGAUCUUCUAUUGUGGUAGAGUAAUAUUAGGAUUUCUUAGUUACAAGUUGCUUAUCAGUUUUUAGGAGUAUAAUAUAGCAUUAGGAUUGGAUGAUUUAGAGUACUACUUUGUAGUAGUAGUUUAGAAGAAAAUCCCCUAGGUUUUUUAUGUACUUUCUUUACGAAUUAUGAAUAAAACUCUUAGAUGCUUCAUUUGGAA